CCUGGAACAUUGCUGCAAUCAGAUGGUAUCACAAACACGAGGGCUUCCUAUUCUUUUGGACAUGGUAAGUGAUGAUAAACCUGUUACAGAUUUGCAGCUGCAUAAUGUGGUAAUGUGUUGGAGAAUUAGCAAAUAAACAACGAAUACACAACUUUGUUUACAGGGACAGACAACAAGUAUAUGGAUGUACGUAAUUUUAUUUGUUUUGAUCAUGGACUCGCACUGCACUGAAAAGCAAACUAUACGUUCCAAUAACUGGGGACCACAGUCAAUGAUGUACCUCAAAGGCAAAUAUGGCAGAAGACACGAACCUGAAAUUCUUGAAAAUGUUUAUGAAUCAGAGAUGAGCAACUUGUUCACCGUCAUCAAAGGAUUUCAAAAACUGAGGUCAGUGGAUUCCAGAAACCCCAAGAGGAUGUUCACAUCUGAGAAUCUUAUGAUUCGUUAUGUGAAUUAGAUGGAAUGUAUAAAGUGCUUUAUUUAAUGUAAUGAUAUUGUUCAGGAGAGACACUGAUUUACUCGUCAUUUUUAGUGUCAAAUCUUAAUGUGAA